UUUUUGACGGUUAAGGAUUAUGGAUUUCAUGGAUUCAGAGACACAACCUCCAGAUGAUUCACCGCAUUUAGAAACAAGUUUCAAUGCGCCUCCUCCACUUGCUCCAGAAUGUAAAAGCUUCAAGUGGAAAAUACAAGUGAUAGAUUCUGAGGGCAGUGUAGAAGGCAAAAUGGUGACAUCUAAAGAUGUAUGGAAACUUCAGAGCAGUAAAGUGAUCGUGCAUUUUGAUGAAAAUAGCAGUCAACCAAUUGGGGAUUCUGGUGGUUUACUCGGAUCAUGGUUAGGUCAAUUAAGCAAUGAUGUGAAUUUGCUACCUAUCAAUUACAGUGAUUGGAGGAUGGUCAAUAUUCACACUAAAAGAAAAGCGUGGGAUGUUAUUCAGUCCAAAUUCUGGUUUGAUGAUCCAACGAUGAGAAAAGGAUAUGUGAUGAGUGCAUUGGGAAGCAGAUGCAAAGAUGUCAAACUACGUCUUUGGAAAGAACACAAACGAAAUGAUCAACUUCAAACAUUGCAGAAUCGACCCAAUAAUGUUCCUGAAGAACAAUGGGAGCAUUUUGUGCACAUGAGAUUUACUGAAAAAUGGAAGAAAAUGCAAGAGAGGAAUACAAAGAACCAAAAAAAACAUACUAUGCCUCAUGUAUGUGGAAGAAAGAGUUUCUCGAGAAAAAGAAAUGAUAUAACAAUCAGAACCGGAAAAACUCCAUGUCGAGCAGAGUUUUUUAUUGAGACGCGCACGAAACCUGAUGGAAGCUUUGUAUGUGAAGAGGCAAAAACACGAGCGGAAGCGCUUACAACUUUGUUGAAUCAAAAUUCUCAUGGCACAAGCAAUGUUGCAGCCACACUGGAUGAUGAAUUUGCUCAAGUUUUUGGUCCGGAGCGUCCAGGACGAGUACGUUGUGUUGGUCGAGGACCUACACCAUCAAAAUUGGUGAGACGUUGUACUGCAACUAGACAAGAGGUGGACAAUUCUGAAAUGGUCGUUGCGUUGCAGACACAAGUGAAAGAACUAUCAAAUCAAGUUAAGGGAAUGAGUACUUUCAUCCAACAAAUAAUUGGUACUUCAACCGGUGAACAGGCAAGAGCAUGGGCUGCAAGUUUUGCAGUAGCUUUUGCUAACAUACCAAACCCACCUUUCGCAAACAUACCGACUCCAUCUAAUCCUAAUCAGGAGCCUUUUGCUGCUGAAGUUUGGAUUUCUCCUCAGGCUGAUCUACACUCUGUUGCAGCCUGGAUCAAUCAACCUCGCAUCAACGCAGAUGCGCAUGCUACUCCAGUCAUCAAGCCCUACUUUCAGUCAGCCAUCUACCUGCUGUGGAAAGAGCGUAAUGUUCGUGUGUUCACAGCUGUCUCCUCACCUUCAUCAGUCAUCCUUGCCUCUCUCGACCGUAUGAUGCGUGACCGUCUCCUCUCUUACCCGGCAAGUUCUUCUUUCUCUUCUUCUCUACUUCUUUUUAUCUUUCUUGUAUAA